ACUAAAGAAAGAAAAUAUAAAUCCACCUAUCUAUUAUUCUAUUAUUCAUUUCUCUCAUUGGAAAAUUGAAGUAGCUCAGCUCAAGGACAUGGCACAGGCUAUGGCUUCAAUGGCUGGUUUACGUGGAUCAUCCCAAGUUGUCCUUGAAGGCAGCCUCCAGAUGAAUGGCUCAACACGCUUGAACAUGCCAACAAACAACAGGGUAGCCUUUACCAGACCCAGUUUCAGUGUCCGAGCUCAAGGUCCUGGUCAGCAACAACAGGUGCCUGCUGAACCCGAGACCACCCGCCGUGCAGUGCUUAGUCUUGUUGCUACUGGUUUGGCUUCUGGGUCUUUUGUUCAAGCUGUGCUCGCUGCUGCUAAAUCCAUCCCUGUCGGCCCACCACCCCCUCCCUCUGGUGGACUCCCUGGGACUCUGAACUCUGAUGAGGCAAGGGACUUUGACCUGCCAUUGAAGCAGAGAUUCUUCAUUCAACCACUUACCCCAGUAGAGGCAGCAAAGAGGGCAAAGGAAUCAGCUCAAGACAUUAUUAAAGUGAAGGAGUUUAUAGACAAGAAGGCAUGGCCAUAUGUCAUGAAUGAUCUCCGUAACAAAGCAGGGUACCUGCGUUAUGACCUUAACACUGUCAUCAGUUCAAAGACUAAAGCAGAAAAGCAAUCUCUAAAGGAUCUCACAGGGAAGCUCUUCCAAGACAUCGACGAUCUGGACUAUGCUGCAAAAACUAAGAGCUCCACUCAAGCUGAGAAGUACUAUGCUAAGACUGUGUCUACUCUGAAUGAUGUUCUUGCCAAGCUUGGCUAAAAGCAAUUCUGUACUCUUAUGUAAGCAUCGCUUAUGUUUUUGUAAAAUACAUUGUCCACAUUCUGUGUUCAAGGGAUUGUAGUUGAGAAAAUUGCACAUUACUGCUUCUUCAGGUACAAUAUUCUUGUGUGCAA